AGACUAUGGUCUUGCAAGGCUGUCCUGUGCGGGUGAUGUGUGGGAUGUGUCUGCACCCCCUUUCCUGAGAAAUGCUUGUCCCUACGCCACGUGUCAGUAGAUAGGUACGUUUUUCUCACCCCUCUUUCCUGACGUUGAUCCAUAGCUCUAGUCCUUUAUUGGAGGUUGGACAGUUGGCCAGCCGAAGGCAGCUCCUGCCUUCCCCAAUACAUCAUUUGGCGCUGACCGCCCGUCUGGCAGUAAAUCAGUGUCUGCUCUCUGGUGCUUCCCCUGUUUUAGGGGGUAGAAGCGGGUACAGAGAGCCCUCCCAGGGACCUUGGGGAUAUCAGCUGGCCUGGGAAUGGGAAUGGCGUGGACUGAGGCUGCGCAUGGGACACGAUACAGUCCAUUUUCAUUCCGGGGUCUUUUCUUUCACGACUCUGACCCCUGAACACCAAAUGCCUGUUGAAUGAAGGUAAGUUGAUAAAACUGGCAGGUGUAGAAACUGAUACGGUUCUAGCUGGAACUGCCUGAAUUCAAUAUCAAAUACUUGCUUCAUUAUGUACAGCUUUUUGAUGCGGGGAACCCAACUGGUUUUAGAAGAAGUCAGAUUUGGUUAUGACUCUACCCGGUACUGCCGUAUCUGCCUCGCCACAGCACCUUCUGCACCUUUGCAGGCUGACGACUUGAAGGUGCCAGACUUUGGGGUCUUCUCAUCCCGCGCCUCUCCCUGUAAGUGAUAAGGCUACAUUAAUCUGUAUUCCCUGCGAUCUCAAAGCUGGACUGUUUGGGAUCUGAAAAUGGAAAUAAAAGGAGGGGGAAGGAUAUCACUUGGAGUGUCUCUGAUAACGUUUGAGAAGUGCUAGCAGUCCUGAUACAACGAAGUGGCUUCAGCCCAAAAACAAACUGGUUGCUUAUUUGCUGGUCGUAGAGGGCAGAGAACUGAAGUUGACUGAAUACUGGAUCAAAACCUUAGCUGCUAAGAGGGAGAAACUAAUGUAAAUGCAGGUGACCAUGCAGAAUGCAGUUCAGGUGUGGUUUGGAGAUGACCUUCCCUUAAGUCCCCGCAGUCCCCUGACCCCCCGACACGGGCCGGGUUUGGCAGACGUGUGCCUGUACGACCAGUGGAUAUCUGUGCGGCAUGAAGCAACUCUGGUGCCUAUGCAAGAAGAUCUGUCGAUCUGGCUGUCUGGCUUGCUGGGAAUAGAAAUCAAAGCAGAACAACUGCUAGAAGAACUCGAUAAUGGGGUGUUACUCUGCCAAUUGGUUGGUGUUCUUCAAAACACAAUUAAAAAAUGUUGUAGCUCAAAUAACUUAAGGAAUUUUCCUAUGAGAAAAGUUCCGUGUAAGAAGGAUGCUCCAUCAGGAUCUUUUUUUGCCAGAGAUAAUACAGCCAACUUUCUUAACUGGUGUAGGGCCAUUGGAGUUGAUGAGACUUACCUCUUUGAAUCUGAAGGUUUAGUGUUGCACAAGGAUCCAAGACAAGUGUAUCUUUGUCUGUUGGAAAUUGGGCGCAUCGUAUCCAGGUAUGGAGUUGAACCUCCUGUACUAGUAAAACUCGAGAAGGAAAUUGAGCUAGAAGAAACACUGCUGAUGACCUCUGGACCACCAUCACCUAUUAGCACAGCAAAGUCAUGUUGUCACCAUGGGGAGCUAGAUGAGGCAGUUAAACAUAUAGCAGAAGAUCCUCCCUGCAGUUGUUCCCAUCGAUUUUCAAUUGAAUACUUAUCAGAGGGACGUUACAGGCUGGGAGAUAAAAUACUCUUCAUAAGAAUGCUACAUGGCAAGCAUGUGAUGGUACGUGUUGGUGGAGGCUGGGACACUCUUCAAGGUUUUCUGCUUAAAUAUGAUCCGUGCCGAGUGCUUCAGUUUGCAACUCUGGAACAAAAAAUCCUGGCGUUUCAGAAAGGGAUCACCAGUGACGGCGUCCCCAGCUCGUCAGCUAGAGUUCAGGAGCCUCCUGUUAUGAAUCCCAUGUCAGCCGUCAAUAUGUUUCAAAAGCAGCCAUCGAAACCCCCUACUCCUGUUUCAGCUCUCGGGGCCAGUGCCAAGAAGGCUUUAUCUAAACGUCCUCAGUCCCCUGCCCUGGCAUCACCAAAAGCGCCAGUGCCCCCGUCCUCCACAGCCAAGUCGUUGACAGUCAGAUCCAAAUUACAAGGGUCUUCAGCGACAGGCGUGCAAUCUCCUUUCAAACCAUUAACUGGUACCGCCAAGAAACUGGAGUCUCCUGCACACAACUCACCAGCUUCUGCUCCUUCGCAGCCUGUAAACAAAAGAUCUUCGCCCGCAGGAGCGAGAACGGCUCUCGUUCACUCCGAAACAUUGCGCAAACGUAUUCGGUCCCCCGAUGCUCCCAAGGUGAAAUUUGCCCUGCCUCAGGGCUCCCCGGCGCCAGCGCUGCAUCCUGCCCUCUCGUCCUCUAAAAAACAGCCGUCUGACUUGCCUGGGACAGCUGAAACGAUGGCUUCGAAGCAGAAGUGUGUCCCUGCUAACUGUAAAGCUGUAUCUGUCCCUAAAACCAAAGCGAAUUCCGUUGCUCCGAGGGCUGCUCGGCCGCCCGUUACAAACCUGCGUGCUGUUGCCAAGUUUGCACAUUCUCAGCAGCUCCUUGCAAAACCUCCUUCUGAAAACGCUAUUCAGACCUCAGGAACUGGGUCUCGGCAUCCUCCGAAAGCUCCACAAACAGCUUCUGACCUGGCAAGGAACCUGAAAAGUGCUUCAGUCCUAAAACACUCAGCUUCUGCACCUUCCCUUGCAGUUAGCAAAGCAUCAAAGUCACCACCUAAGCUGGUAUCCACAAGCAAAACCGUAUCGUCGGUUGUCAAUAAGCAGCCAAAUGUCAGUAAAUCCCCUCAGGUUGGACCCGCUUCAUCCAAACCUCCUGAACGCACUCCCUUAUCCGUUGUACGGCUUCCUCAAACUUCAGCCAAAGCGGCAGUGACCAAAAAGCCAGCGCAGCCUUCCACAAAAGGUCAGCCUUCGACCAAAAACUUGCAAGCAAAUGAAAGCUUGGCCCCAGCGGCCAAGAAGCCUCUCCCUGAGGGAAAAUCGGCAACGGCGUGUAACAAAGGAACGCCUGCUGUGUCAAAAGGUCCUCCUACGAAGAGCAGGCAAGAUGAUCACUACUUCGUUAUGACAGGGAGUAAAAAACCCAGAAAGUAAACUUAUUUGUUACUUUCUGUGGAAGUCUUAAUUUUGUUUGAAUGGGCCUCUUGUAUCUGCUACACUGAGGAUAAGGAAAAAAGUUAAAUAACACUACAUUUACCAUGAAAUAUUAGGUAUAACCUACAUUUUGCUGCAUAACUUACAGUAAGAACUGUAUUUGUUUUGCAGUUUAGAAACUUCUAUUUGGAUAUAUUUAGAAGUGAGCUUGCUUGCUGUGUAGCACUGUGGAAUAGAGACUAUGCCUGUUUGCUGCUAGCCUGACCUGCCGGGGGGAAGGCGGGAGCGAGGAAAGGGGAGCUAGGGCUGCUGCUUUUGCUGCGGCUUAUUUUCAAGGGAUUGAAGCCUGCCCGAGAAACAUCUACCCAGGGCAGAGCCUGAGCGAUUCUGGUGGUUCUGGCACAUCUGCAUCGAGGCCUGUGGCAAGCGAUAGAGCUGUGCACAAGCUGUAAAAUUUCUAAUACCUCAAACAAAACUGUGAGGUUGUGGGGUUUUUUUUUUUUUUAGUUCAUCUGUGUCCCAGAACCCAAAUUUGGGUCACCUGCAUGUAUUAGAAAGAGAUCUCUAGUCAUGUUUAGAUUUGACAGCUGCCGUUAUCAGCAUUCACUGUGCCCCCCAUGUGCCUUAAAGUGGCUUCAGCUUGCUGGGAAAUGGAGCUUUCUUGGUCUGUGGUGUUGGACAUGGAAAAUCCUGGCGUCGAUCGCUCGCUCUCAUUGUGCCUUAGCCUCUCAAGCUCAUGACAGAUCCCUUCGGUGAGCAAUGCUACUUUUAAAUCCCUGGGCAGAUAACCUUGCUUAUUUUGUGCUCAAAUCUGACUGUAAGUGAGCCCAGUCUUUCCUAGAAAGCUCUUGCUGCACGGAGGGGAGCUCCUGCAUUGCUGGGAAGGUGCUUUCCCCGGGGCUGGAGCCCCAAAGCAGCCCCAGCUCCAGCAACGCCGAGCUGCAAGCACUGACCUGCACUGGCAGGCCUUACUGCUCAGCAGGAGUGGCCUUUGCAUGUAAAAAUUGCUAAAUACUUCUCUCAAAUGCUACAGGUUAAUUUUUGUGGGCAGUCUUAGUCUGCAGUGGCCUUGUUUUAUUUAUGGAGACCAUCUUACUUACCUACUUUCUGGAGGCGAGGAAUAGUUUCCCAAAGGGGUAAUGAGGGACUGUGUUUGCCUUUAAACAUCUGAAAGUGCCAGAAAGCUAUGCACUGUUUAUGUUCUCAGCUCCUGAAGGCUUUCAGUGGGUUAAACAUUCGUGGUGCUCAACACCUUUACCCUUAACAGAAGUGAGUUUCAUGGUAGAUUAAUAAAAACUACCGUCUUUGGGAGUACUGUUGUUUGGGUUACUUUGGAUUUAAUGAACAGUUUCUACAAACACUGAGGAGUUUCACACUCUUGAGGUCUGUGAAGAGACACUGCCGACUUCCACAGACCAUCACUUCUGCUCUCCAUUCCCAGGAUGUUUACUUAUGGGCAGGAGAAGAGAUGCAUGGAAACUGCAGCUUCCAAUGUUAUAUAUUUAAAUGGGUUUGGUUUUUUUUUCCCCUGGAACUAGAGUAAGCAAGCAUCAUAAACUGAGUUCUCGUGUGCAGUGGCAAAGUCAUUGAGCUGCCUUUCUGAGCACCUUGUUAGCUUUUUUUUUUAAUUUAUGAUUCUAUUUAUGCAUAUCUACUGUACAAUACUGCUUACAACCUGCUGGGAGUAAACAGUAAAUACCAAUAUCCAAACUGUAGGAGGGAAACAGAUCAGUUUUAAUAACAUGGACACAAGUCCCACAAGCUCCCAUACAAAGUUGUAUGUCUGGGGAGGGCCUUAGGCUUGCUUGUUUUAUAAAUACACUGGUCAAAGCCACUACUGGAAGUGUUAAGAAUAGUAUUGACUGUAGUGGACUGCUUUCAGGUUUGAUAAAUUUGGCACACAGUUUCAUAUGCUGAAAGCAUUUUACAGCACAUGACUUUUGAUUUCAGGCUUCCAAAUAAUGAGCUAUGAUGUGAUAUAUCUCAUGCAGAUUAAUAGCUGAAUUCUUGGGGUUUCUUUCUGUACUGGGUCUGGCUGAGAUGGAGUUAACUUUCUUCAUAGCAGCCCGUAUGGUGCUGUGUUUUAGAUUUGUGACUAAAACGGUGUUGAUAGCACACCGAUGUUUUAGCUGUUGCUGAACAGUCCUUGCACAGGGUCAAGGCUUUCUCUUUUUCCUGCUCUGUCCCACAGCGAGUAGGCUGGGGGUGGGCAGGAGAUUGGGAUGGGACAUGGCCGGGAGAGCCAACCCGAACCGGCCAAAGGGCUAUUCCGUAUCGUAUCGAGUCACCCUCAGCAGCACAGACGGGGCAGAGGCAGAAGGUGUGAGGGGUUGGCUUCCAAGGUGGCCGUUGUUUGCAGCCUGGCUGGGCUGUGGGAGUCUGCCUGUGGGAGGUAGUGAGUGAUUGCCUUUGUAUCGCUUGGUGGUUUGGGUUUUUUCCUCUUUCCUUCACUUAUUAAACUGUCUUUAUCUCAACCUGUGAGUUUUCUUGCUUUGGCUGUUCCUCUUCUCUCCCUUGUCUUGCUGGGGAAGGAGGGGAGAGAGCGAGUGAG